AUGCCUUACGCCUUCCUGACUGGCCCCUGGUAUUUGAACUGGACGCCCUUCAACGACCUCUUGGUCAAGGAGGGUGUUUAUGCGUGGCUGUGCUCCUCUCCUGGAGCGCUGGAGACACCGAUCGGCGGCGUCGGGGGAGAAGGGCUUCACGACGGGGGAUCUCGUGAAGGCUUCGUGCGAGGCCGUUGUCUGGCGCAGGAAGAGGCUCUCUCCAAUCUGUUCACUGUUGUGUCUAUGACAACCUUCUGCUGCUCAGUUUUCAGCGGACUGCUCCUGGAUCAUGUCGGCGCGCGCAUGUGCGCCGUCACUGGAUGGAGCCUGAUGAUUGGGGGGUGGUUGCUGGUGUGCUGCAGCAGCAGUCGAUUCAAUGGAUACGGCGUUGGUCUAGGCCUCUUGGGAGCCUCCAUUGACGCUGCUUUCUUUCCUCUGAUUGCGGAAGCGCGUCACAGCGGGCCUAAGUCUGGAUUCGCUGUAGCUACACUGGGAGCGUGCCGAUCAGGGGCCUUCUCUGUUCCCCUGGCGCUUCGCGCGCUCAACAGUCGCGCUGGGCUGUCUCUCUCUGCCCUCUCCAUCUUUGUUGGCGUCAUUCCCUGUCUCCUCUGCGUCGUGGUGGCACUCCUCUGCCUCCCUCCCGGAAUUCCUCUCUACACCCUGAUAAAGGCCAGGAAAACUCGCAGGGGGCCCCCCCUCUCCACGCAGGCAGCGCUCGCAGACGGCCUCAGUGGAGGCGUCGUUGUGAACCCCUGCUUCUCGAAUGCUCGCGCAAGGACUGCAGGAUUCUCGGAAUCGACGGCAGCAAAGGCAACGACGUGUGCGACAGUAGCCGCAGCACUGGCGCGCACAGCUGCGGAUACAGGGGAAAAGGAUGGAGACUUAGCCGUUGCUGCGGCAGCAGGAGAUCCUUUGGCUUCAGAGGAAAGUCUUCUGGGGAUGCGUGGUCGUAGAUCCCCUCCCGCUUCAGGAUCCUACCAGGGGUCACAGCAUGCGUUUCUUGUUGAUAUUGUAUCUGAACUGAGAAGCCCUCACUUUUUGUUCCUCGUUCCUGUGGCUUUCACAAACGUCCUGAGUGCUUCCUUCUAUCUUCCCUCGGGUUCUUACUUACUGCCAGACGCCUACGACAUGAGCCAAGUUGCGCACAUCCUCCCCUGCGUCUUUGCUCCUAUCUGGGGGUAUGCAGCAGACGUAGUUGGAGUGGUCCCCACAAUGGCUGUGUGCAACUUGGUAGCCUUGACUGCGCAUGCCUUGCUAUUGCCUCUACCCGCAGCUCCGCUUGCGCAGCAGGAGGCCUCUGCCGUUCUGUCGGCUGCCAGGCUGGGCUUCUUAGCCACUCAGGUGUACUGUUACUGCAACGUGGUGUUCUCUGCGCGCAAUCUAGGGACGCUCAUCGGUAUCACGUGGACUAUCGCUGGCUUGGGGCCCCUCGUCGCAGGAACCAUGAGGCAGAGGAGUCUCGAGACGGGAGAUUUCCGAUCCAUGCUGAGCAUAACGGUGGGUUUGGCUGGGAUAAACGUGAUUCUCAUUGCCGCCCUCUUCUUCCUCCUGAGGAAACGUCCUGUCACGGCGUGCAGACAGCGAGAGGACGAAAGACCCCACAUCCACAGCCACAACGCACGAGCACAGAAAAAGGCACCCAUAUUUGUUGCCAUUGACCGUUGCAGCCGUGCGUUGGCUCUCUUACGCGGGCCCCCAGGGCCCCCCGAGGCCCCCCUUUUGAUAUCAUCUUGUCUCGCACUGCGCAUUUUGCCCAAAAGGCAGGAGACGCUUUUUCUGAGGCUUAGGCCGUGGGUAGGGGGAGCAAGCGGCACUAAAAAAUCCUUGACCGCCAAAGGAGUACUUCGAACGUAUUAG